UCUGGAAAGAAAGAAAAAGUUUCUCAAGCGGAUGAAAACUUCAACGGAUUGGUACAUCUCUAAUACACGUACGAGUUCUUAAUGACCUGAUAUGAUCUCCAACGUUUUAUUUCUUCCAUUUUCGUUAUCUUCUUCAGCUUCUUCUCGAAAUUCAAUUGUAUUAUUCGUCUAAUUUGAUCGGAAGCAUCGAGAAUUUGGGAACGAAUCUUUUGAAUAUUGAUCCGAUCAAACGUUUUGGAGGAGUCUCUUCAGGUUAGUAGAAUGAGUAGAAAGAGAACAGAAAACGACACUGAGUCAAGUGCAGCAGCCACUCCGGUGGAUAGAUUCGGGUUCCUGAAGCAAGAACAUGCCAAUUCACCAGAGCGUUUCAGCAAGGGUAGAACAGCAGCAUCCACUGACCAUGACAGAGAGGAGAGGAAGUUGAGAAAAUGGAGGAAGAUGAUUGGGGUUGGAGGUAGUGACUGGAAGCAUUACGUUAGAAGGAAACCUAAUGUUGUCAAGAGGCGUAUUCGAAAAGGGAUCCCUGAUUGUUUAAGAGGUCUUGUUUGGCAGUUAAUCUCUGGAAGCCGUGACCUUUUGCUUAUGAAUCCUGGUGUUUAUGAGCAAUUGGUGAUUUACGAGACAUCGGCAUCAGAACUUGAUAUCAUUCGAGACAUAUCCCGUACUUUCCCAUCCCAUGUUUUCUUUCAGAAGAGGCAUGGUCCUGGACAAAGAUCGCUAUACAAUGUCCUUAAGGCCUACUCAGUUUAUGACAGAGAUGUUGGAUAUGUUCAGGGGAUGGGUUUUAUAGCUGGUCUGUUACUUCUUUAUAUGAGCGAAGAAGAUGCGUUCUGGUUAUUAGUUGCGUUACUCAAAGGAGCUGUUCAUGCUCCAAUGGAAGGAUUGUAUCAUGCGGGGCUUCCUCUUGUACAACAAUACCUGUUUCAGUUAGAAAGCUUGGUAAAGGAGCUAAUUCCAAAGCUAGGAGAACAUUUUACCCAUGAAAUGAUCAAUCCUAGCAUGUAUGCAAGUCAAUGGUUCAUCACCGUCUUCUCUUAUUCAUUUCCUUUCCCUUUGGCUCUUAGGAUAUGGGAUGUGUUUCUCUCUGAGGGAGUUAAAAUUGUGUUCAAAGUCGGCUUAGCAUUGUUGAAGUAUUGCCAAGCUGAGCUGGUAAAAUUACCGUUUGAAAAACUCAUACAUGCACUGAAAACAUUCCCUGAAGAUGCAAUGAAUCCGGAUACCUUACUUCCAUUGGCCUACCCCAUUAAGGUAUCAAAGCGUUUGGAAGAACUGAAAGUGGAAUAUGAUAAGACUAAUGCUAAACCUGUUCUACCGUAAGAAAACUGGUUAGGCCAAUAUCCUGUACACAUAAGCUUGGAUUCGAAUUCUUUACUGGUCCUUUUUUAUCUUAUCUUAUUGGAAUAUAUUCAUCUUUCAUCAUAUAUGUCAAGUUGGGUGGGACUCUCUUUUUCAGAAACCGCUCUGAUUCUUCUUAGCAACUUCUGGGAAAUAAGAAGUUUAUAUACCUGCCCCAACUUUGUGUAUACUAACUUUUGCUUUGUAGAAAAAAAUCUCAUUAUUAUAAAUGUGAAAGGUAUUAAUCAUGUUGUUUAAAAUCUUUUGUUAAGCAUAUGCUUGUACAAAAUCUCAAAAAGUUU